AUGAAGUCCGAGCGUCCGCUGGGACGCCGCACGCUUCUCCUGGUGCUCGUCGCGCUGCUCUGCUCCGAGGGAUUAUUCUACGCUCUGUACACGCCGUCCGCACAGACGCCUCGGUGUAGCGAUGGAACGUCCAACUGCAACCAUUCUAAAGACGACAAAUCUCCAGCCGGGAGGAGAACGCCGGACCGCAGCACCGUGGUUUUGAUUUGGCGGUGGCCGUAUGGGCAUCGGGCCGGGCUCCAGUCCUGCUCCAAGCUGUUCCAGAUCAUCGGCUGUCGUUUAACAGCCGACCGGCGCGAGUACGACAAAGCAGAUGGGGUGAUGUUUCACCACAAAGACGUCCAGGGUAAUCUCUCGGAGCUGCUGAGGAUGAGGAGACCACCGCUGCAGAAGUGGGUCUGGAUGAACAUGGAGUCUCCGGGGAACUCCAGGAGACGAGCUCAUCUGGACGGGUUGUUCAACCUGACGGCGAGCUACCGCAGAGACUCGGACGUCUGGGUUUCUUACGAGAGAAUCGUGGAAGCAUCUGAGGAUCGUCAAAAAGCUUUUAAAAUCCCACCGAAGGACAAGUUAGUGUGCUGGAUCGUCACCCACUGGAACAUGCGCUUCAGACGAGUCCAAUAUUAUCGAGAACUUAGCAAACACCUCACAGUACACACCUACGGCGGGGCGUUUGAAAGGCCACUGGGUCUACAGGAGUAUCACAGCGUCAUGUCCAGCUGUAAGUUCUACCUCUCCUUCGAGAACUCCAUCCACAAAGACUACAUCACCGAGAAGCUCUUUAAUCCCAUGAGAGUCGGCGCGGUUCCUGUGGUGCUCGGUCCGCCCAGGGAGAACUACGAGGAGCUCGUUCCAGCGGGUUCCUUCAUUCAUGUGGAUGAUUUCAAAUCUCCUCAGGAACUGGCAGAACAUCUCGUGUUCCUGGACCAGAACCAGGACGCGUAUGAGCGGUUCUUUAGAUGGAGGCAACACUUCACCGCUGAGCGUUCACACUUAAGUCUGGAGCACGCUUGUCGUAUCUGUGAUCAUAUAAAACGUCACAAAGUGUACACAGUCGUCAAAAGUCUCAGUAAGUGGUUCUGGGGUUAG